AUGACUGACGCUCAGUCCUUUGCGCCUGCGCCUAAGAACGCAGCAACAAUCCUCUGUGCCGACUGUGGCGCCCCUGUCGACGGAACCAUAUCUGGAGCCUUUUGCUACGAUUGUAUAAAACUCAAGACCGAUGUUACCGGCGGCAUCCAGCGUGAAGCCAUCCUGCUCAUGUGCCGUGACUGCGACCGAUGGCUCUCCCCACCCUCGACUUGGGUAGUCGCGCCCCCAGAGUCGCGCGAACUGCUCGCCCUGUGCCUCCGAAAACUGCGUGGACUGAACAAGCUACGAAUUAUUGAUGCGAGCUUCAUCUGGACGGAGCCGCACAGCCGAAGGAUAAAGGUCAAGAUCACGGUGCAGUCGGAACUGAACGAGGGCGCUAUCAUGCAGCAGACUUUUGAAGUCGAAUACACGCAAAACUACAACCAGUGCCCGGAUUGCGCAAAGAGCUAUACGCACAACACAUGGAGGGCCUGCGUACAAGUGCGGCAAAAGGUGCCACACAAGAGGACCUUCUUGUACUUGGAACAGCUGAUCCUGAAGCACGGCGCGCACAAAGACACCAUUAAUAUCAAAGAAGUACACGACGGCAUCGACUUUUUCUUUGCACAAAGAAAUCAUGCAGUCGCCUUUUGCGACUUUUUGAAGGCCGUCAUCCCUGUCAACAUCAAGAGGUCCGAGGAACUCAUCUCACACGAUAUCCACACGUCGACCAAGAACUACAAGUUCUCGUUCUCAUGUGAGAUUGUACCUAUUUGUAAAGAUGACCUUGUCGUACUUCCUAUUCCACUGGCCAAGAAGAUUGGCAAUAUCUCACCUCUGACACUCUGCUCACGCAUUGGCACAUCUGUCCAGCUCCUUGACCCAGCAACACUACAAACUGCCGAUGUCGCUACCGAUAUCUACUGGCGGACACCAUUCCGACCAUUGGCAGACGUGCAAGAGCUGACGGAAUUUGUCGUCUUGGACAUUGAGCCCUUGGGUAAGCAAUCUGGACGCAAUUUUCUCGCAGAAGCAACUGUAGCACGCGCGUCCGAUAUGGGCGUCAAUGACACAACGUAUUACUGCCGAACACACCUCGGUGGUAUUCUACACGUUGGCGACUCGGUAAUGGGUUACCUGCUUGCCAACACAAACUUCAACAACGAUCUUUUCGAUGUCCUUGAACAGAAUAACAAAUACGCGUCGGCUAUUCCAGAUGUGGUCCUCGUCAAGAAGUAUUACCAGCGGUCCCGGAAGAGCAAGAACAAGCGCAACUGGCGCGUCAAGCGCAUGCACAAAGAGGAGGGCGAGAUGCUGCCUCGCAAGCAAGACCAGGAGAAGAUGGAGCGCGACUUUGAGAUGUUCUUGCAGGAUGUCGAGGAGGAUCAGGAGCUGCGACAGACAAUGGCACUCUACAAGGCCCAGCAGCAGCGCGAUGCAGACGCGAUGGAAACGGAGAGCAGUCUUGGUGAUGACGAAGAUGAGGGCAUUCAGAUUCCGAUGGAUCAGCUACUUGACGACUUCGAGGAUAUGAAGAUGGAGGACUAA